CCGUGCCCGCAUCCAUACCACCAACAUCCACACUAUCAACACGGAUGUCCAGCUUCAAGGAGAGGACAUGUAUCAGGGCAUAAUGACAACCAACCACGGACCCCACUCCUAUGAGGCCGGAUUUCUGCACAACGCCUCGACGGGCACGUCGCCGGUUUACGUGCCCACCACCCGGGUCGUCACCCCCAUGAUGCCCGCGCUGCCUUACCUCCAGACGCCCGGCGCGUCGCAGCAGCAGGGCGGCCCCGCGUCCAGCCACUCGGCGUGGGCGCAGCCGUGCGCCGACGCGGUGCCCACGUACAACCACUCCCCGGUGUCUCCGCGCUUCGCCUUCUCCACCAGCCCUCCUCUGUCCUCCGGCACGGCCGCGGCUCGGGACACGGCGGCCUCGUACAGCAGCAGCGGCGGCCCGUUGAACAUCUCCGCCAACGGGAGGGAGCACUACGGCGCGCGGAGCCUCGGCGGCUCGUACCACAGCCCUUACCCGGCCUACAUGAGCCCGAACGUGGGUGGAGCGUGGUCGGCUUCUCCGUUUGAUAACCCGGUCCUCCAUGGUCUCCCAGGCGGAGGCCCCCACGGCGCGGCGCGCCACCCAAACAUAGACCUUUUCGACGACUUCGCCGAGGGGCGAGAGUGUGUGAACUGCGGGGCGAUGUCGACCCCCCUGUGGAGGCGAGAUGGGACGGGCCACUACCUGUGCAAUGCCUGCGGACUCUACCACAAGAUGAACGGCAUCAACAGACCUCUCAUCAAACCUCAGCGGCGGCUGUCUGCCUCGAGGAGGGUUGGCUUGUCCUGCACCAACUGUCACACCACCACCACCACCCUUUGGCGACGGAACGCGGAGGGAGAGCCGGUUUGCAACGCCUGCGGCCUCUACAUGAAACUCCACGGGGUAGCACGACCCCUGGCCAUGAAGAAAGAGGGGAUCCAGACCCGCAAACGUAAACCCAAAAACCUCAACAAGUCCCAAGCGGGGACCCCGGGCGGUGACGGGACUCAGGUCACGGGCAGCAGCACUCCCCGGGCCCCCAGCGCCGCCGCCGAGGAGCCUCGGCCGAUAAAGACGGAGCCCGACACCCACAGCUUGUACACACACCGCAGCGCACACGCACAGAUCUCAGCCCUGCCGGCCUACAUGGCAGCCCAAAGCGGGGCCAUUCCUCUCAAGAUGCCCCCCGGGGGCCACGGCGUGUCUUCUGGCUCCAAAGCUGAGCCCUGGAACAACCUCAUCCUGGCCUAGAGGACCCGGGCGACACUGCGAAUUCAAACCCCACCGACUAAACUCUCCAGAGAGAGACGGGCGUCUCCGGGAAAGCAGACUGUCGCUCUGGGCGCAGAUGUUCCUGCAGCCUUCAUACCGUUCAGCGCUUUGGGACAAAGGGAACGGAGCACUCUAACAGAACUGCAGAGAGUCCGUGCAUCCAGCAGCAGCAACCCAUGGACCGGGUGGAGUUUGUUUUUAAGAGCACCACUGCAAUUGGACAACUCCUGAUGUCAUCUGGUCACCCUAACACGCCAGUGCGGGGGGGCGUAAAGUGCCGGAUGCUGUAACAUAAAUCAGUGACAAAUCACAGUAAUGUCUAUUUUAUUUCAAUAUAAUUGUUUUCAUUUCCAUCUUGACAAUUUUGCCAAAAAAUGAUGAAUGCUAAAAUCAUGGAAAUAAUCACAGGACACCUUCAUUUUAAAGGUUCCACAAUGAGGAGCUGGAAGUGUACUUAAAGGGUCAGCUGACCCCAAAACAACAACUAGAUCUUCACACUUUCAUGGUGUUUCCUUGCAGAAAUGAUUUACAGUGCAAAUCACAUUAUAUUUGCAAAAAUCCAAUCUCUUUAUUGAUCAAUUUGCCGGUUACUUACUAAUACACAAACCUCAUGAUCCGUUUUCAGUAUUUUGUAUUUUCGUAGAAGUUUUAAACUGUUGAUUAUCCAGAAUAUUUAAUAAAGCACGUUACUAUUAAACCUAAACCUUAAAGGAUGAAUCUAGUUCCACAUUACAGUAAUUUUAGCAGUAAUAAAGCCGCUCAGUCUCAGCGCCAGUAUCUCUGAAGUCAAG